AAGAAGGAAUGAAGGGAUUUAUUGAAAAUGAAAGUACACUCCACAGUGUGGGAGUGGGCCUGAGCAUAGGCACACAAAAGCCCUGUUAUAGAAUUUUUGGGAGUUUAAAUACCCUCUAGAUGAUUCCAUUGGUUACUUGGGGUACGCACUAUGUAGAUGGAGAUGAUGAAGUUACAAAGUCAUUGGCCUACGCCCUAUGGAGAAGAUAUUUCCUGUCAUAACUGAAGUGUGAAUCGGCCUAUGUUCCCUGCACCCAGACCCUAUUUUCCUGCCUCCUACCUACAGCUGUGUGGUCCUGAGCUGUCACCUCUUCCCUUUGAAGCUCAGGUUCCUCAUCAGUAAAAUGAGGCAGGAAUACCUACUGCUGAGAUGUGUGAUCACACAAACGCAGUGUCUCAACAUGUUGUACAUGUGUUUUGGCCCUUUGAGUCCUUGAGGACUGUCCCAGGUGGAACCCUCUUCACUUUUCUUGGAGAACUGACCAUGGGUUGCAGCAAAGACUAAAAUGGUUCCUGUUUCAGCCCUGCCUGGGAAGAUUCAGCUGGAACCUUUAGGCUAGGAAAAGGGAGUAGGACCCUACCCCCACUGUACCGGACCUGAGACAAAUCCACAGAAGAGCAAUCCUUUCUAACUCUGGGCAGUAUAUGGACAAGAUACUAAUUUUUAAUCUCUGCAUCUCCAUGAGAACGCAAUGACCAGCACAGUGAAGUGCCCAAUUACUGCCCCCUGAACAAAUGGAGAUGUCAAGUUCAGAAAAGAUCCCGGCUGAGGAAGACAGGGAACAUUCCCUUGAAAAACAAGGGCAGUCAUCCAGACAGAACAAGAGGAGUGGCAGGAUGAGAGGAGGCAGACAGGGCUGAUUCUAUAGGGCUCCUCCUCAACACCCAUGAACCUGAGAAAUAAGUGGUCAGAUGUAUUUCAGUCCACUGGCCAGCCGUGGGGUCAUGGUGGGAACCAGUCCCACCUGAAGGACUCUCAUCUUCCUACAAUCCUCAAAUACUGAGGCAUGGGGAUGCUGUUUCCUCCUUGAAGUGAGGGCCCCGAGGCUCUCGUACUUUACAAUACUUCAGACCAAGAGCCUGCAGUUGAGGCCGCCAGGAUCACGAACCAGCUGCCCCCCAAACCCCUUCUUAUCUCACCAACCCAAGCUGCUUACAGCCCCUCCAGAUAUCCCGGGGGGGAAUGUCGUUCUUCACGGCUGAUGGAACAUCUCUGCACCCUGGGGUAGUGGAUGGGACCACAGGGCAUAUGCAGUGUCUUAGUCUGUUUCACGCUGUUAUACCUGAGGUUGGGUAAUUUAUUUUUUAAAAAAAGCAAAACAGGUUUAAUUGGCUCAAAAUUCUGGUGGAAAUUUCAAGAUUGGGCCGCUGCACCUGGUGAGGGCCUCACGCUCCUUCAACCCCUGGCACAAAGUGGAAGGGGGCGGGGGCACACACAGAGAUUAUGUGGCAAUAUGGCGAGACAGGAAGCAAGAGACAAGCCCAGGAAGCCUGACUCUCUAACCAGCUCUCAUGGGAACUCACCCCUCCACACAGGGUACUAACCUAUCCAUGAGGGAUCCACCCCUAUUACCCAAACUCCUCCUACUAGGCACAAGCUCCCAACACUGCCACAUUGGGGACCAAAUUUCAAUACCAGUUUGGGCAGGGGCAGACCAUAUGCAAAUCACAGCAUAGGGUAAUGGUGGGGGCAGGUUGACACAGGGCUGCUGCCUACCCAGCACCAGCUGUCUCUUGGCCCCUUCCAGAUCCUGGGAAUCUGGCUACCGGCAUGGGCCCAGCCUUGGACACAGAUGUGGCCACAGAAAGCUGUUAGCUCUCCAGAUCUGAUCGGCCUGGGAGAGUGGCACAACAAAAGGCUCCCAAAGGAAAGUCAAGAUCCUCGGCCAGCCUCAGCUCUGCUACCCACCCACAUGUGCCCAGGACAGGGAAGAUAUGUUUCUUACUCCUCCAGGACCACUAGGUGAAGCAGAGACCAGGUUCUUCUUGAGUCCUCUCGGCUGUGGUGCAACCACCAGCCUAGCAAGGAAUCAGAAACAUCUUCCGCAAGAGUCAGCACCAUAGCGGGUGCUGAAUAGGCAAUGAAGCAUCCCAUAGGUGCUGGGCUAUGUGGUCACUCCCUUUUCCAGACCAAGGCAAGGAGAUAAGCACUCUGGGCCCCUAAUCAGGGGGCCCGGGGCCAGGUGGAAUGAAAACAGCAGUGUCCUACAACCUUAACUGCUACUCACGCAGGCCCCACCUGGCCUCUCAGAGGGAGGAACCUGGGACUCCUGAACCCGAUUCAGUUUCUCCUUCAACAGCAGGGACUUUUCACUCCUGACUGCAGAAAAACAGCUUCAAUGUGACCUUCCUUCGUAGCCCGAGGCUGGGUAAAACGGCCUGAGGCGGCAAAAUCCGAAAAGCUCUAUUGGGUGGCAAACUGCCGUCACUAGAAGAGUUGAGGCCCCCUUCUCCUCCCCUGCCUGGCCGCCUUCAUUCCUGGGAAUGGAACAGGUUCUUGCGGCAAGGGUGAAUCCUCGAGCAGGUCCCAGGAUCACUAUCCUCACCUCCCCGCGGCACUGAGUGGCUAUAGUUGUAAAUGUGCGUCCACAGGGUCACUGUCCAGCAACCAGGACCAGGUGCCUGGCCAUCUGGGGAUUGGAAAAAGCUCAGCGGGAUGCUCUGGCCGCCUCCCCUGACCCCAGUUAAGAUGUAGAGCGUUCGAACUAAAAUGCCUAGAAACAAAGCUCAGGCCCGGGAAGGUCCAACCAUUGCGACGCCGCUCCCUCAAGCUCUUCCCUCGGAGCCGUCUCAUUUCCCAAAACUCCCAAACACAUCACAGAGAGAGGUGUUGGCCUAGGUGGUCACUCCCUUUUCCAGAACCACAGCAAGAAGUUGAGCCUGCUGGGCCCCUAACCAGAGCCCUGGGGCCUGGUGGGACGAAAAGCCCUAUUAGGUAGCAAACAGCUGUCACUAGUGGGGUUGAGGCCCCCUUCUCCCCUGCCUGACGACAACGGCGGCAGGCACUCGACCGGCGUUGGACAGCUCGCUACUCGCCUUCCCUUGCGCAAACCGCGGUUCCUCCCAACUACCCGCGGCCACCGCCUCCGCAGCAGAGCGCCGGAAACAGAGACGCGUUUCGGAAGGGAGGUGCAUGCUGGGAACGGCGCUGCAUGCUGGGAGCUGUAGUGUGCGACGCAACUCGGCCGAAGUGCCUCCCUGGUCCCUGAAGCUCCCAGAGCCCGCGUGUUCAGGCGGUCCUGACACCCCGGCCCGAGCCCCACCUGCUGGAGGGCUAAACGCCUGCCGGCCCUCCGGGUAUGAGCGGAGGCCGGGACAGCCCUGGGCUCCGCCGCCCUCGGAAGGAAAAACUACAGCGAGGGCAGCUGCCCAGCCUCGUAAGAGCAGAGCUCGGGAACCCCGCCCCCUGGGCCUCCGAUGUCCGUGGCGCUUUCCGUCGCCCGAGUGCCAUUGGGCCGGCCUGUCACGUGACCCGAGGCCCCGCGCCCGGUUGGCUGCCGCCUGGUUACCAAUGGGAGACUAGCGGGCCGGCGUCCUGGCCUGGUCCAGCACCUGCGCCGCCCUCGGGUUUGGAGGGCUGGGCUGAGCUGGGAACGGGCGGGACGGGCCGGAGGCGGCGGCGGCGGACUCGCCUUCUCUCUGGGCUGGGACCCCGAGGCUACCGGCUGCAGAUGGGAGCCCGCGGAGCCGAGGAUGCGGGCGGGCCGGGGCGCGACGCCGGCGAGGGAGCUGUUCCGGGACGCCGCCUUCCCCGCCGCGGACUCCUCGCUCUUCUGCGACUUGUCUACGCCGCUGGCCCAGUUUCGCGAGGACAUCACGUGGAGGCGGCCCCAGGAGAUUUGUGCCAUGCCCCGGUUGUUUCCAGAUGACCCGCAGGAAGGGCAGGUGAAGCAGGGGCUGCUGGGGGAUUGCUGGUUCCUGUGUGCCUGUGCCGCCCUGCAGAAGAGCAGGCACCUCCUGGAACAGGUCAUUCCUCCAGGACAGCCAAGCUGGGCCGACCAGGAGUACCAGGGCUCCUUCACCUGUCGCAUUUGGCAGUUUGGACGCUGGGUGGAGGUGACCACAGAUGACCGCCUGCCAUGCCUCGCAGGGAGACUCUGUUUCUCCCGCUGCCAGAGGGAGGAUGUGUUCUGGCUCCCCUUACUGGAAAAGGGUCCAUGGGUCCUACGAGCACCUGUGGGCAGGGCAGGUGGCGGAUGCUCUGGUGGACCUGACUGGUGGCCUGGCAGAAAGAUGGAGCCUGAAGGGCGUAGCAGGAAGCGGAGGCCAGCAGGACAGGCUGGGCCGCUGGGAGCACAGGACUUGUCGGCAGCUGCUCCGCCUGAAGGACCAGAGUCUCAUCAGCUGCUCCGUGCUCAGCCCCAGAGCAGGUGCUCGGGAGCUGGGGGAGUUCCAUGCCUUCAUUGUCUCGGACCUGCGGGAGCUGCAGGAUCAGGCGGGCCAGAGCAUCCUGCUGCUGCGGAUCCAGAACCCCUGGGGCCGGCGGUGCUGGCAGGGGCUCUGGAGAGAGGGACAAUCCUUUUGAGGCCUGGGACCAAGGUGGCCCUUGGACCUGGGGUUUCAAUAGGGCAGACAUCAUCACGGGCUCAGGCAGCAGUCCUGGGAAGACACGUCCAGAGACGUGAAGCUCCUCUGGGAAAAGAGGCUCCCGUGGGUGGCCGCUGCCCGGAAGGCCCUGUGCUGCAGAGCUGCUUCAGGGGUGAAGGGUGGAGCCAGGUAGAUGCAGCGGUAACGUCUGAGCUCCUGUCCCAGCUCCAGGAAGGGGAGUUCUGGGUGGAGGAGGAAGAGUUCCUCAGGGAGUUUGACGAGAUCACCAUUGGCUACCCAAUCACGGAGGCCGGCCACCUGCAGAGCCUCUACACAGAGAAGCUGCUCUGCCACACUCGGGCGCUGCCUGGGGCCUGGGUCAAGGGGCAGUCAGCAGGAGGCUGCCGGAACAACAGCGGCUUUCCCAGCAACCCCAAAUUCUGGCUGCGGGUCUCAGAACCGAGUGAGGUGUACAUUGCCGUCCUGCAGAGAUCAAGGCUGCAUGCAGUGGACUGGGCAGGCCGGGCCCGGGCACUGGUGGGUGACAGUCAUACUUCGUGGAGCCCAGCGAGCAUCCCAGGCAAGCACUACCAGGCUGUGGGCCUGCACCUCUGGAAGGUGGAGAAGCGGCGGGUCAAUCUGCCCAGGGUCCUUUCCACGCCCCCCGUGGCUGGCACUGCGUGCCACGCAUACGACCGGGAGGUCCACCUGCGUUGCGAGCUCUCACCGGGCUACUACCUGGCUGUCCCCAGCACCUUCCUGAAGGACGCGCCAGGGGAGUUCCUGCUCCGAGUCUUCUCUACCGGGCGAGUCUCCCUUAGCGCCAUCAGGGCAGUGGCCAAGAACGCCAGCCCCGGAGCAGCCCUGCCUGCGGGGGAGUGGGGGACCGUGCAGCUGCGGGGCUCCUGGAGAGCCGGCCAGACGGCGGGGGGCAGCAGGAACUUUGCCUCGUACCCCACCAACCCCUGCUUCCCCUUCUCGGUCCCCGAGGGCCCUGGCCCCCGCUGCGUCCGCAUCACUCUGCAUCAGCACUGCCAGCCCAGGGACACCGAGUUCCACCCCAUCGGCUUCCAUAUCUUCCAGGUCCCAGAGGGUGGCAGGAGCCAGGACGCGCCCCCACUGCUGCUGCAGGAGCCGCUGCUGAGCUGCGUGCCGCAUCGCUAUGCCCAGGAGGUGAGCCAGCUCUGCCUCCUGCCUCCAGGCACCUACAGGGUCGUGCCCUCCACCUACCUGCCAGACACAGAGGGGGCCUUCACUGUGACCAUCGCAACCAGGAUUGACAGGCCAUCCAUUCACAGCCAGGAGAUGCUGGGCCAGUUCCUCCAGGAGGUCUCCGUCAUGGCAGUGAUGAAAACCUAACAGGGUGGCUCCCUAUGCCAGCUCAGGUGACUGGAACUCAAGGGCCUGACAGGUUCCCAGCAACUGGGCCGGCCAGCCUUGCACUGUGAGGGCUGGUCCUGAGUCUUGGCCUGCCUCCCAGCCCUGCCAGGGGGCUGCUGCCUAAGAGUCCACGGGAAGCCUCCAUCAUGAGAGACUCAGCCCUGGGGGCAAGCAGGUGCUGCAGAGGAAGGGCGGGAAGCUUGGCGGCUUCUGUCGCGCCUCUGAGACGGCAGAGACCCCAGGAUCCCAGAGCUUCCCAGGAUCCCUCCCAGAUCCUCCUCUGCUGACUCCACACGGAAGCCUCACACCCACAGGGUAGGGCAGCAGAUCUUCUUUAUACCUAUGUAUUGUUUGCAUCACUUUUAGGAUGUAACUUUAUAAAUAAACAUGAACGCUGAGGAUUCGCA